AGAGAGAAAAGAAAGAAAGUGCUGUUGUCUGCGACCGGCGAAGAGUCGGUUGCGCAUGCGCCGCGUGGGAGACGAUAGGCUGGAUUGCUGAAGAAGAAGAUGGACGAGCUUCAGUCUGCAGAGGAGACUGCGUUUAUUGUGGAUGAAGUAAGCAACAUUAUAAAAGAGGCCAUAGAAGGAACAAUAGGUGGCAAUGCAUAUCUGCACAGCAAAGUGAAUCAAUGGACUACAAGUGUUGUAGAGCAAAUUCUGAGUCAUCUCACAAAGCUGGGGAAACCUUUCAAAUAUGUUGUGACAUGUGUGAUUAUGCAAAAGAAUGGUGCUGGACUUCAUACUGCAAGCUCUUGCUUCUGGGACAACUCUGCUGAUGGAACCUGCACUGUGAGAUGGGAGAACAAGACUAUGUACUGUAUCGUCAGUGCCUUUGGACUCGCAAUAUGAUUGCCUUGGAAUUCUUCAGCCUUUGUGUCAUCCCUUCCAUUUCAUAUAUCCACUAAAACUGUGAAUUCAAUGAACAACUUUGUUUUUAAAGAACUUCUGUCUUCUUCUAGUGAGAAAAUGGGGAAGCAAUUUCUAUGCUGUUACAUAAACACAUCACCUCUUAUCCAUAUCAAAUCACUCCCUGUCUUAACACUUUAAGGACUCUUUUCUCAAGGUGCUAAAACCUGAAACAUGCUGCACUUCUUCAGCUUUAUUGCAACUGGUUUGAAUAAGACUAAUUUCACACAAUGCUUUUGUUUGUUAUUAAAUUAUUGAAGUUCUGAA